AUGGCGGACCACUCCAAGGUGCUCCCCGCGCUCGCCGCCGUCUUGCUCUGCUGCUGCUGCCCCCUCGCGCAAUGCGGCGGCGGCGGCGGGCAGAACUACACCUCCAUGUUCAGCUUCGGCGACUCGCUCACCGACACCGGCAACCUGCUCGUGUCCAGUCCGCUCUCCAACCACAUCGUCGGCCGCUAUCCCUACGGCAUGACCUACUUCCACCGCCCCACCGGCCGCUGCUCCGACGGCCGCCUCGUCGUCGACUUCCUAGCGCAAGCGUUCGGCCUGCCGCUGCUGCAGCCGUACCUGCAGUCCCGCGGCAAGGACCUCCGCCGGGGCGUCAACUUCGCCGUCGGCGGCGCCACCGCCAUGGAUCCGCCCUUCUUCCAGGAGAUCGGCGCGUCCGACAAGCUCUGGACCAACCUCUCCCUCAGCGUCCAGCUCGGCUGGUUCGAGCAGCUCAAGCCGUCACUCUGCAGCUCCCCCAAAAAGUGCAAGGAGUACUUCAGCAAGUCCCUGUUCCUCGUCGGAGAGAUUGGGGGAAACGACUACAACUACGCCUUCUUCAAGGGCAAGACCCUGGACGACGCCAAAACCUACGUUCCCACGGUCGCCGCCGCGGUCACCGAUGCCACCGAGCACCACAACGCGGUGCUCCAGCAGAACCUGCGGGCGCUCCGGGCCAAGUACCCGCAGGCAAGGAUCAUGUACGCCGACUACUACGGCGCCGCCAUGUCCUUCGCCAAUAACCCCAAGCAGUUCGGGUUUACGGAGGGGCCGCUGCGGACGUGCUGCGGCGGCGGCGGGCCGUACAACUUCAACCCAAAGGCGAGCUGCGGCGUGCGGGGCUCCAGCGUGUGCACGGACCCGUCGGCGUACUCCAACUGGGACGGAGUGCACCUGACGGAGGCCGCCUACCACGCCAUCGCCGACAGCAUCCUCAACGGCCCCUACACCAGCCCCAGGCUUCUCUGA